AUGGCUCAGGGCUUAUAUGCGUUAUGGCUGGCAAGAAAUGACACCCGUGAUGGAGAAAGAAUUGAGGAGGCCAACAUGGUGGCGAGGAGAGCAGCAGCGCUUAUGAUAGAAUGGAAGGAUCGUCGGGGCCAGACGGAGACCUCGACAACACCUACCCAACGCGCUGCAUGGGAACCACCGGAGGCGGGCUGGCUCAAGGACAACGUCGAUGGUGCUAUGUCUCGGGCAAAGCAGGGUCGAGGUGGUGGUGUUGUGUUCAGGGAUGAAGAUGGUGCCUUCAGAGGAGCGGAUGCUGUCUUUCUUCCGGAGAUCACAUCGGCAGAAGUGGCGGAGCUGCAGGCCUGCAGGAGGGCGGUCGAGCUAGCCUUGCAAAGAGGGGUGCCAAAGCUUCAUCUGGAGACCGACUGCCUUAAUGUGGCCAGGAUGCUAAAUGAGCAAGACCGAAAUCUGUCGGCGGUGGGUAUCUUGGUGGAAGAAAUCAAGCUGAUGGCCACAAACUUGGGGGAGUUCAAAGCUACGUGGGUGCGAAGGGAGGCGAAUAAAGCGAAUCAUGAGAUUGCCCGUUUUGGUUUUUGUAAUAGUGUUUCGGUGUCGUGGGAGAUGUCUCCCCCAGAUUGUAUUCUCAGUAUUGUUUCUGAUGAACUUCCUAUAUUAGCCUAA